AUGGCAUGUUGUAUUGUUCGUAACCUGCGGCUGUCGGCCAAGAACGAGACGAGAAUGUCAAGGAUGAGGUCGCUGAUCCUUGUGGCUACUUUGCUGUGGUGUUCGUCCACGGAGAUAUCAUGUCGAGAGUGCCUGCGGGUCUGGGGAACAUCGGGACUCAGGCUGAGGGGAGGACAAGAGCACGGGCCUGCCCCCAGAGAACUCACUUCAUACGAAGAACUGCAGCAGCUUGUGCAGCAAGCGGAGCGAUUCCAAGAGAUCGAGAAGAUGGAGACAGAGCUGCAGGCGGGAGGGAAUGAAACAGACCUCAUCCAUGAGAUCCACGAUGACAACCAAAGAGAAAAUGAGACCUUGACCGAGGAGAUGCCAGAGGAAGAUGUCACUGCCUACGACAUCAAGACACUAAAGCGAAUCAUCGAGGAGGGCGACAUCUCGGUGUUGGACGGGCAGAAUGCGACGAGCGACAUCAACGCGACAAACUCGACCGAGACAAACGCGUCGUCGAUGCAGAAAUAUUCAGAAAUCCUUGAUUUGAAGGAGUAUUUGAAGGACGUAGAGGAGGCAAGACAGAUCGUGCGUGGUCUGAUCCAGCAUAGAAGCGAAGCAGAAGAAAAGCUCAAAGUCUUGGAGGAAAUCCUGAACAGGAAGCAAUUGAAGGCGAAUCAAAUGCUCUGGGACUGUGCCUGCACUGGGGACAUCGCUGGAAUAGAGAAGUGUGUUGAGCUGGGAGCGAAUGUUUCGGCAGGAAACCCUGAGCUGUUUGGAAGAAACGCUCUUCACAUGGCAGCCUAUCACGGCAAGACAGAGUCGGUCAGGGCGCUCUUGGGCCUUGGCUCAUCGAUCAACUCAACGUCAGUUCCCCUAAGAUGGACGGCGCUGCACUAUGCUGCUCAGAGGGGGCACAAGGAGACGGUGGAAGUGUUGCUAGAGGCUGGUAGCGACCCUGAGCGAGAGAACGACAUGGGGAAGACUCCUAGCAAGCUUGCGAGGCUCAACGGCUACAGGCGAGGAUUUCUGUUCAAGUCCACAGUCUCACUCGCACACGCAGGCCUAUCCGACAGGAACAGCACGCUACAAGCGUACGUGGAGCUGGAUCAGGAACGAAAGCUUCAGCAAGCGAUCGCAGAUCCGCAGCCUGGAGUUCACCCAGGAAGUGUGCUUGAACCGAGAGAUGCUGGCAAUGGACAAAACCAAACUGCUGGCUUCGACGUCUCAGAUAUGAUGCCAGACAAGCUGCCUGACUUUGACACAUCCAAGAUCUCAGAAGCAUUGAGCAACAUCACGAAGCCUUCCCCUCCCCGGAGAAAGCCUCCUCCCCCACCGAUGAAGCCAGCAACUUUUGCGCAGGCUACAGCUGCCCGUGCACAGGCACCUGAAGGAUUCGACGACCUUGUCAAGAGCCCUGAAGAAGCCAAGAAAUCGUCGACCCCCCUUGUUCCUCAGCCCCCUACGACUCCUCGACCUGCUGGACUUCCUCCGAAGCCGGCCUCCAUCCCGCAGCACGUUUUCAGUGCCUUGCAAAGUGAUACAGUGGCAGCUAGCCAGGUAAAUCCGACAGGUCAGGCCGUGGCUCCUCCAGGUCAGGCCGGGGCCCCAGCAGGUCAGCCCGCGGCUCCUCCAGGUCAGACAGCCGCGGCCCCAGCAGGUCAGGCCGCGGCCCCAGCAGGUCAGGCCGCGGCCCCAGCCGGCCAGUCCAUAACUGCCAUGGCCGGCAAGCCUACGGCAGCAGCGGAUAUAGACGACCUUCCUCUAGGGUGGAAAUCAGCGUUGGACUACCGCUCAGGACGAACUUACUUCUACAACAAGGACCUCGGACUGACGCAGUGGGAGAAGCCAGCUAAGCCCCAGCCAGCGGCAGAGCCUCCGGUGCCCUCCAAAGCCGGAGAUGCAAAGAAGGGAGGAAGAGGAUUGUUCUCAUGGUUUUCUAGCUCUGCGACAGAAGGAAAGCAAGCCAAGGCCGCUCCCACUCAGAGCUCAGGAGGAGCGGUUCCCAAGGAUGCAACCCAACAACUUCCUGCUCCAGAUCGUGUUGAACGUGUGGAAGCGUUCGUACCACGAGGGCAGCAGAAUGUUGCUCCCUGCCCGCCUCCCAAAGAUGCGCCGAAGCUUCCUCCUGCCAUGGCACCUCCUGUACAGCUCAACGAUGAUACGAAUCAAGGGACGCUGCGCCCCCGCCCUCCCCCAUUUCCCUACAAUCCGAAGCCCCCGACAUAG